UCACGGACGUGCGCUUUUCUGUUUUCUUCCGGGCUGUUUGAACCGCUUCAGCCUCCGUAGGCAGUGGCUCCAAAGUGCCGGUCACAAUGGAAGUGAAUCCCCCCAAGCAGGAGCACCUGCUGGCCUUGAAAGUAAUGCGGUUGACUAAGCCUACUUUGUUCACCAAUAUUCCAGUAACAUGUGAAGAGAAAGACUUACCUGGAGAUCUCUUUAACCAACUCAUGAGAGAUGAUCCUUCAACUGUAAAUGGUGCAGAAAUUUUGAUGUUAGGAGAAAUGUUGACUUUACCACAGAAUUUUGGGAAUAUAUUUUUGGGAGAGACUUUUUCCAGUUAUAUCAGCGUUCAUAAUGAUAGCAAUCAAGUUGUAAAAGAUAUAUUGGUUAAAGCCGACCUUCAGACAAGUUCUCAGCGUCUAAAUCUUUCAGCCUCCAAUGCUGCUGUGGCUGAACUUAAACCCGACUGUUGUAUUGAUGAUGUCAUACACCACGAAGUAAAAGAGAUUGGAACACACAUCUUGGUGUGUGCAGUGAGCUAUACAACUCAGGGUGGAGAAAAAAUGUACUUUAGAAAAUUCUUCAAAUUUCAGGUUCUCAAACCAUUGGAUGUGAAAACCAAAUUUUACAAUGCAGAGAGUGACCUCAGUUCUGUGACUGAUGAAGUAUUUCUCGAAGCCCAGAUUCAGAAUAUUACAACCUCACCCAUGUUUAUGGAGAAAGUUUCAUUGGAGCCAUCUAUAAUGUACAAUGUAGCAGAAUUAAAUUCAGUCAACCAAGAUGGAGAAUGUGUAACUACCUUUGGGUCAAGAGCAUAUUUGCAGCCAAUGGAUACACGCCAGUACUUGUACUGCCUAAAACCCAAGAAGGAGUUUGCAGAAAAAGCAGGCAUCAUUAAGGGAGUAACAGUAAUUGGAAAACUGGAUAUAGUAUGGAAAACAAAUCUAGGUGAAAGGGGAAGAUUACAGACCAGCCAGCUGCAAAGAAUGGCUCCAGGUUAUGGAGAUGUUAGAUUGUCUUUGGAGACAAUCCCAGAUACCGUUAACCUAGAAGAACCGUUUCAUAUUACUUGUAAAAUAACAAACUGCAGCAGUGAAAGGACGAUGGAUCUCGUUUUGGAAAUGUGCAAUACCAACUCUAUCCACUGGUGUGGUAUUUCAGGAAGACAGCUUGGAAAGCUCCAUCCAAGUUCUUCUCUCUGCCUUGCCCUUACUCUGCUGUCUUCAGUACAGGGACUGCAAAGCGUCUCCGGCUUAAGACUAACAGACACGUUCUUAAAGAGAACAUAUGAAUAUGAUGACAUUGCACAAGUCUGUGUGGUAUCUUCAGUCGUUAAAGUGGAAAGCUGAAGAAAAUUUCUAAAAUUAUGCUUUUCAUCGACUUUCCCAGAACUUUUCUGUAUUUUUGUCACCUUUGUAAAAUGAUCAAAUCAACAGUAAGAAUAAUUCUAUAUUAUUUAAAUUUCUUUCCUGUAAAACAUUUAAAAUAUUAAAUAUGUGUUUUGAAAAGAA